AUUUAUCAUAAUAAGCUAGUUUUAGAAUAUAUUAUUAAUUUCAUUCAAGUCUAGGUCACAUAAUCUUUGUAUAUUUUCAAAACGUUUUUGAGAUAAAACCGUUGGUUUUCGUGAUAUUACUCAUUCAUCGCCUUAAACGUUGUAAACUUUGACACAAAACUUAAUGUUUUCGUUUUUCGUGUGUAAUCUUCGUGUGCAAAUAAUAGAUAAUAGCGAUAAAGGCGGUUUUAUCUUGUUGUUAUUUGCGUUUUACAAUAAUUUUAGUACUGAAAUGUUCGAAAUUGAUUUAUUUUUAAAUUGACAUUGAUAUUGAAUAAGUUCGAGCGUUUUAACCAUGAAGAAUUUUAAAGUAAUUGGUGUAUUUUUAGUGAUUAGUUUGUUUAAAGUGGUUUCUUGUGACGUUUCGACUUUUAUUUUAUCGAAUAAAGAAAAUAUAAGAUUGGAAGGAAGUUUAAUAUUAAAUACACAACGAAUUUUUAUUUUUAAAUGUUCGUUUAUUGAAGUUGAUGAAAACUCGUUUAAAACGUUAACUAAUUUAACUGAUUUGACGUUUUCGGAAAACUUGGGAGUGAAUCGAUUGCCGCACAAAUUAUUUGAAAAAAAUAUUCGAUUAGAAAAUCUUUAUUUGAUUAGAAAUAAUUUUUCGGAAGUCGAGAAUGAUAGUUUUUCGUCUUUGCCUAAUUUGAAACAUUUAGAUUUGUCGUUUAAUAAGUUGAAAGAAUUAAAUAAAGAUUUGUUUCAAUCGAACGUUAUGUUAAUGGAGCUUUUAUUACAAAGAAACGAAUUGGAACACCUCGAAGAGGGCAUUUUUGACAAUUUGAGUCAAUUGAAAACGAUCGAUUUGGCUUUUAAUAAAUUGAAAAAAAUCACGUCGAAUUUAUUCAAAUUUAAUUAUCAAUUGGAAACAGUUUCGCUACAAGGAAAUAAAAUAAAGCAUUUGGAUCACGGAAUUCAACACUUAAAUGUAAAGUCGUUCAAUUUACACUCGAAUCCGUUGGAGAUUGAGAAUAAGAAAGUAUUCGAAAUCAUAAAGAGUUUAAAUUCGAAUGACGUUAAAACGGGGAUUCAUCUACAUCAGCAUAAUAAAAAUAAAUAUGAGGAAGAACACAUUUUGAAUUCAACUAAUUUUUUAUUGAUUACGUUAAUUUUGGUUACGUUACUUCUUUCGAUUUUGGUUGGAUAUUUGAUUUACAUAAUUAAAACAUCGAAAAAUAGUAAUUUUAAGUAUCACAACAUGAAUCGUUUGAGUAGAGAAGAUUUGGUUAACGAUGAUGUGUGGGAGGAAACCGAAAUCAAUUCUAAUUUAAAUAGAAACUAAUUUAAUUUAAUCAUAAAAAUAUUUUUAUUAAUAAAUAAACAUUUAAAUGUAAAAGC